CAGAUCAGAUCGGUUCAGUUCAGAUCAGAUCAGAUCAGAUCAGAUCAGUUCAGAUCAGAUCAGAUCAGAUCAGAUCAGUUCAGUUCAGUUCAGUUCAGUUCAGUUCAGAUCAGAGCUGCGGGACCACGAAUGUGACAACGCUCCGGCAGGAAGUGAUUCACUUCACCCCAAAGUGAACAUGGAUCGGGCAGAAGAAGCCAGAUGCCUGAACAUCCUGACCUGCCACAGGGAACUGCUGGUGUCCAAGCUGAGGAGCGUCCAGUGCGUCCUGGACAACCUGCUGACCUGCGGCUUCCUCUGCGAAGAAGACGUCGAGAUCGUGCAGCGAACUGCCACCAAGACGGAUCAGGUGCGCAAAAUCCUGGAGCUUGUCCAGUGCAAAGGGGAGGUGGCCUGUGAAUACUUCAUCUUCAUCCUCUAUAAUGUGUGUGACGCGUACAUCGACCUCCAGCCAUGGCUGACGGAGAUCAACUUCAACCCAAGCAGUCACAUGAAGGUGAUGAGCGUCGUCAACACAGAUCCCAUCAGCAGGUAUAGAGAAAAGUUGAGGCAUGAAAUGAGCCGGGACACCUGUUUCAUCAUGUCGUACGGCCAGCAAGAGGAGACCCGUCUGGAGGACCUCUACACCGACACGCUGAUGGAGCUGAUGAACGACCGCAACGAAAGUCUGGGCUUCGUGGAGAGUCUGGACCAACUCCUGGGAGACCACGCGGCCUUCAACCCCCAGGGUGAAAUCAUCUAUGUGAUGGGGGAUGCCGGUGUGGGAAAAUCCAUCCUCCUUCAGAAGCUCCAGAAUCUCUGGUCCAAGCAAGAGCUACGGACAGAUGCCAUCUUCUUUUUCAAGUUUCGCUGUAGGAUGUUCAACCUUUUCAAGGACACGGAAGAGAUCUCCCUCAGGGAACUUUUGUUCAAAUACAACUGUCGACCGGACCUCGACCCAGAUGAUGAGGUGUUUGAUUACAUCCUGCGCUUCCCUGAAAAGGUUAUUUUCACAUUUGACGGCUACGAUGAGAUUCAGGAGGAUCUGGACCUGAAGAAUGCCCCUGAAGUGGUGUGUCCAGAAGUCAGGGCGCAUCCCCUCCAGCUGCUCGUCAGCUUGCUCUGUGGGAAACUACUCAAGAGUUCCCAGAAGGUGCUGACGGCUCGGACGGGGAUCGAGCUCCAGAGUAGGGUGAUCAGAAAAAAGGUGGCUCUGCUGGGGUUCUCCUCGUCUCAUCUGAAGACAUACAUCGACUUGCACUUCAAGGAGCAGGAACACAGAAAGCUGGUGUCGGUUCAGCUGGACGCGAGCCCCCACCUCUGUGGCCUGUGCUCCACUCCGCUCUUCUGCUGGAUCGUGUUCAGGAGCUUCAGGCACCUGCACGCCAUGCACGACCGCUUCACUCUGCCCGACACCUGCAUCACGCUCACCGACAUCUUCCUCCUGCUGUCCGAGGUGUUCUUCAGCCGCUCGACAUCACGUGCUCCAUCUCUGCUGAAGAAGAGCACCCGGUGUUCCUCGGAGACAUUCAAAGCGGGGCUUCGGCCCCUUGCUGCAUUUGCCAAGCUGGCGCUUCAGGGUAUGGAGAGAGGCAGCUUCAUUUGUAACCCAGAGGAGGUCACUGCGUGUGGUCUCAGAGAGGAGGACCUGCCCCUGGGCUUUCUCAAACCUUUCAGCGAGUGCGACGCCAGUGGAAACCCCGCUAACUUUGAAUUCCUCCACAUCACCCUCCAGGCUUUCUUGGCGGCAUUUGCUCUUGUGUUGGAUGAGCAGGCUGCUGCAGACUCCAUUCUCAAGUUCUUCACAGAGUGCAGCAGGAAAAGGGAACGGUCCUGUCUGCCUUUUGACCUCUGCAUCACCGGCUCCUCAAAGCAGAGCCAAAAGAAACCAUUUGCGACUACUGACCACCUUCAGUUCACCAAUCUCUUCUUGUGCGGACUGCUGUCCAAGGCUCACACUGGUCUACUGGAGCAUCUGGUGUCUCCCAGAUUGCUGAAGAAAAAACGGGCCUUGUUAAAAUCUUACCUGUCCACUAGUAUUAGGUCCCACCUGCAUGGCUUACCCCACUACGAUGGCGAGGAAGGCAGGAAAGUUCACGUUUUGCCAAACUUCCUGUGGAUGCUGAGGUGCAUCUUCGAGACGGGGAGCAAAGACAUCGCUCAUAUGACAGCGAAAGGCAUCACGGCUAGCUUCAUCAAGCUGGGCUACUGCAACGUGUACUCGGGCGACUGCACUGCCCUCAACUUUGUACUGCAACACCGCCGGGGACUACUGGGCGUCGACAUGGACAACAACAACAUCAGUGACUACGGGGUGAAGCAGCUGAGGCCUUCGUUCUGUAAGAUGACUGUGGUGAGAUUGUGCGUCAAUCACCUGUCAGACAGCAGCAUUGAGGUUCUUGCAGAGGAGCUGUGUAAGCACAAAGUUGUGGAGGUCUUGGGACUUUACAACAAUCACAUCACAGAUGUUGGAGCCAAGCUCGUUGCUCAGAUAAUUGAGGAAUGUCCAAAGUUGCGAAUUCUCAAGAUUGGUAAAAACAAGAUCACCGGUGUUGGUGGCAGGUAUCUGGCCCGUGCGAUUCAGACGAGCACCUCUAUAUUUGAUGUGGGAAUGUGGGGGAACAGCAUCGGUGAUGAAGGCGCGGAAGCGUUCGCGGAAGCUUUGAGGCACCACCCACAGCUCACCAACCUCAGUCUCUCGGCGAAUGGCAUCACAUCAAAAGGAGGGAAAUGUCUGACAGACGCACUGAAGGAGAACAGCACACUCAGGAUCUUCUGGUUGGUGCAGAACGAGUUGACCGAUGACGCAGCGCCACACCUGGCUGAGCUGGUGAAAGCGAACACGGGUUUAAAACACCUCUGGUUAAUCAACAACCAGUUGACGGUACACGGGGUCAAACAUCUCGCCGAGGCCCUCGCUCACAACACGGCACUCAAAGAGAUAUGAUGUGUGAGGCUGAGCGACUGGAGGAGAAGCAGCUGAUGAAUUCCUUCCUCUCGGAGUCGGAGGGAAGGACGGGUCGGGAGACAAACCUGGACACGUGCGUCUCAGCGGUAGGACGCUGACGUGUGCAGCAGCACGUGCAACAGUGGCCGAGGGUUUGAAUCCUCCAAUCGCCGCAUGUGGCUACAUUUGUUCAGUAUGUAUUUCUGAGUAUUAUCUUCAGGCUGUUGGGACGAGCACAGGAUCCUGAGUCAUGGAGAAGAAAAAAAAGUGUGGAGAAAAAGGAUCACGCGUUCAAAGGGAAGUUUGUAGUUUUGGUGAUGAGCAACGUGAGAGAGAUCCAGUGUGAUGACUUCUCAUUCCAUUAAACCUCUGUACACUGUUCUCCCUCCCAGAACCUGUUCACGUCAGUGAGGGCCGUUGGUUCAGAAACACUAUCAUGUCUGUAGUCACUAAUGUAGAGUCAAUGAAGAUGUCCUCAUGUGACGACAUGAUGAAGCACCGUGUUACUGUGUCCUCUUAAAACGUCCAGUCAGCAGGAAGUUACUGAAGCAUUAUAAUUUAUAUUCAUUCAUUUUGUAUAACUUAUAUCAGUUUAUUUAUAUUCAUUAAUUUUGUAUAACUCCUUGUUGGUUCUAUGUGUUCUAUGUGCACCGUUACUGUCACACUGUGAUUUAUUCUCAUUCUCGGCGCCUGAGACUGUUUAAAGGAGUUUGGACUUUGGACUCGUCGGCAUCAUAAAACAAUAACGAUGCAGCAAAUGUGAUGAUGAAAAUGUUUUCUCCUCUGAGUAGGAAACUGUUCAUCUUCUGUUGGUUGUUAAAAACAUUCUUGUUACGAGAUUCUACUCACGUUAUAUAAUAUGAUAUUUUUCAUGUCACACAAAAUCAUUGUCUCUUUCUUUUGCGCCACAUCUCAUCACUUCAGAAAAAGAAUUAGCAAAUCUCUUUUGGAAAAAGAAUCUUUUCUCUGAAUGACAUUUUUUUUUCUAACGAAACUUCUGUG